GUUUAUCGCGAGUGACCUUUGACAAAUCCCAUGAUUCCUUGUGUUUUUUGGAAUACCGAUCUCGCAUAUUAGUUACAAUGCAAUUCUGAUUUGGAACUAGAGAACCACUCACUUUGGAAACUCACAUGCAGAAAAAGAGCUGUCUUGCAAUUAUAAGACACAUUGUCUCUUAAGAACAGUCUUUCAGCUUCACCACAGGUGGUCGUUGAAAUUGACAAGCAAUCACUUCUAUUGCACUUGCACAAUGAUAUUCUAUUGAACAAUGUGACAUUCAGCCUUUGAUAUUUUUAGCUUGCAGCAGCAAAACUAAACUCAACUAUUAAAAAAUCUUUAUAUUUGAAAAUCCUGCCAGGAAAAAACUUUAUUACGGCCAAGACCAUUGGAGUACUGUGGUUCUUAAAUCAAUAACUGGAUUAGAUACGACCAUCGUGUCAGUCUGAAGUUUAUGGCAGCAGAAAGCAUUGUCCGGUCUAAACAGGCUGCAGAAGCCAUCGGUGGAAUCCUUACCGAGGUUGUGUGUACAAUAUUCAGCGAUCACAUCUUUGUGGUGGUCACUCAGUAUGGCAAAAUUGGGACAUUGAUCUCUGUGACUCCACAUAUUGUUUCAAAUGAGGUCGGCAAACCUACUUUUAGUACAAAAAUCUUAAUGGGGAAAGAUGAGCCUCUGACCCACGUGUAUGCAAAACACCUUGUAACUUUCGUGUGUGAGGAGUCUGGCAACAAAUCAGUGCUACUUGCGCUGGCUCUGAAAGAUGUAAACUUGGACAAUAUUAAAUCCAUCAAACAGUUGAUUCAGAGUUGCCGACUCUGGUGAAAAUGUUUGCCAAACGUCAGCGAUGAAACAUGAGGAAGAGAAUAUUGACUACUCCACGUGAGUCAAGGACAUCAGAAUAAAAUACAUUUUACAACUCUUUUUUUCUUAACGUCAUUGGAAAAGAAGCAGUUUUAAAUUUCAAUUUUUGGUCUUUGAGUUCAACGGUGAUAUACUAACCUUUGUUUUAAGUUAAGGAUAACCAAUUGGACAGUUUGCAGGAAAUUGACACCCUACACUGAUGUUAAAUAAGAUUGAUGUAUUUGCUGUACUUGGAAAUGGAGAGUCCAGAUGGAAUGCUAAUUACGAUGAGACGAUUGGCUUUUCAUUUCCUUCUCCCCUGUUCAUGAUGAGAAGAGUAGAAGAAAAAUUACGGAAGUGUAAAUUUCAAAAAUAUUGCAAUAAAAGUAUAUGAAGGUGAAAGUCCAACAUUGUGUCAGUUGUGGCCUGUGGGUCUGAUGUUCAAUCAAUCUGUUUUUAACAAUGAAUAAACUUUUCUUUCGUGUCUGA